CUCUAGGCUGAGAGAACUGCAGGAGACUUCUCUCUCUCUUUUUUCCUUUUCUGACGGAGAUUUUGCUCUUCUCAAAGUAAGGAGAGGCAGAAAAAUGGAUAAGUUACAGAAGGCAGUGGAUUUCUGCAUCCGCCACCAGACCACUCUGAGUUUCAGCAUCGUGUCCCUGCUGACAGCUGCCAGCGAGCGCAUCUUCUCAUCUGUGGUGUUCAAGUGUCCCUGCAACUCUGAGAACAUGCUGUAUGGUUAUUCCUUCCUCUUAGCACCUGCCUUCGUCCUCUUGCUGCUGGGCUACAUGGUGAAUACCAGGACAUGGCGCCUGUUUACAGGCACGUGCUCUCUGGAGAAUAAUCCCCAAUGCUGUUCCUGGCGGGCCUGUGCCAGCUUCUGCCGGCUGUUUCUGCCGAUGACAACCAAAGCCUUGGUGGCCCCGCUCACCUGGAUAGCAGUGGCCCUGCUUGGAGCCAGCUUCUACGAGUGUGCGGCCAGUGGGAGCGAUAUCACAGCGCGCCUCUUCUGUAAAAAUAACACAAAUUACAGCCAAGAAGAGCUGUACAAAAUGCCCUGUGAUGAGAAGUUAUCUGCAGCGAUGUCAAGUGCAUGCCUCAGCUUUCACGCACAGUCCCAGCUGAUGGGAUGGUUCCUGAUAGCCAGCAUCAUGACUGUGGCACUGAUUUCAACAUGUAUCACCCACUGCUGCUCCCCUGUCAGUUAUCUUCAGUUCAAGUUCUGGAAAAUUUACUCAAAAAAAGAACAUGAACUUUUUAAGGUCAAAGCCAAAGAGCAUGCAACCAAUCUAGCAGAAAGAAAUACAAAUUGCUUUUUUGAAGCCACUGACCCAGAACCAUUUCCUACUCCCAGCAAUGAAGACUGGCAGAAGGUUUCAAUCUUGUAUACCUUUAAUUCACAAGAGCAGUAUUACAGCACGUUACACAAGUACGUGAGCACCAACAGAGGCAAGAGCGCCAAAUUCAAGGAAGAAGGCCAGCAUCUCACUGUUUUAGAAUUUGUGGAUGAAGCCCAGGCAAGCAUAUGAGGGUUGUAAUGAAACAAAUCCUUUGCAGUGCUGGCAGUCUUUUAGCCCUACUGAUAUAAGAAGAGUCUUGUUCUCUGCUCUUACUGAAAUCUAUGCAAACUGCAAGUGAAAGCUGAUAGUUGCAAUCCUCAAUAGAUUUGCUUUCAAAUACAUUUUAAUCCUUUUACUUAAGUACAUUUAAAAGGCAGUUUUCCUAUGUUGUUGCCUAUUAAGAAGAAUUGUAUGUAAAAUAAUCUCUAUCCACAAAGAUGUCAGCACGUAUUAUGUCAGAUUUUUAUCGAUGCCGUAAGAGCACUUGGCAGGAGGAGUGACAAUACCAAACCUUAUCAAAGAUACAAAGACAGGAAUGGAUGAUUUGAUCAGAAAUUCCGCUCAGUUUAUUAGCUAUCUCUUUAAAAUGAAGCUUUCAGUGAAGCUUACAGCAAGCCGUAGAUUAAAAAAUUUAGCUUGUCUUGAAGGUUUAGGCUCAUGCAUAACAUAGCAGUGUAGAUGAAGCUUACAUAUUAACAAGCACAUUAAAAGCACAUUCAUACAUUUAAGGACAUUAAAACCA